AUGCGAUUGGACUCCAAUUUUAAAACACAAAAAUGUCAAAAUCUGCACGGUAAGAAUUCAUUCAUAUGCAACAAUGGGCAAUGUAUAUUACUCUCCUAUAAAUGUGAUGGAACUGACGACUGUACAGAUGGCUCGGAUGAAGAAGACUGCGACGAUUAUAGCGACUCAAAUUCUUCCAUCAAAUGCUCCAAACAUGAAUAUAAAUGCAAAAGUAAUAACUGCAUACCGAUAGCAAAGUUCUGUGACGUAAUACAAGAUUGUCUGGAUGGAAGUGAUGAGUACGACGAUUGCGUGAAAGAUUUAAAUUGCAGUGGCAGAUUCCAGUGUGCUGACGAACAUUGCGUAUUUCAUGAUUGGGUUUGCGACGGUAACAAGGAUUGUCCCGACGGCAGCGACGAAUGGAAUUGCAACGCAAAUAAAACAUCAUCCGCGAGUUAUUGUAAAAUAGAAAAUUCCCAAUAUUUGUGUGAAAAUCAACUAUGCAUACCUCUUAAAUUAGUAUGCAAUGGAAAGGAUGACUGUGGCGAUAAAUCAGACGAAGCCGGUUGUACAUCCAGUUGCUCGGUAAAAUGUGAUCAUGAAUGCAAACAAACUCCUAAAGGAAGUAUAUGUUUCUGUAAACCGGGUUAUAAAUUACAAAAUGAUAACCGUACUUGUAUAGAUAUCGACGAGUGUCAAAUUUAUGGUGUAUGCGAUCAAGAAUGUAUAAAUACUCCAGGAUCGUAUAGUUGCAGGUGUCAAACGGAUUAUUUCUUGCAGCAGGAUAAAAAAACCUGCAAAGCGAUUGCUGGCGAGGCUACGAUAGUCUUCUCUGCAAAAACAGAAAUUGUUGGCAUGUAUCUCGAUUCGCAAAUAAACUUUAUAAUUGCGAAACACUUAAAUCGUGUGAUCGGUGUUGCUAUGAACGGCGACCACACAUAUUGGUCGGAUAUUGAAGAAGAUAGAGAGGUUAUUGUAAGAAGUACUCCUCAAAAUAAACACGAAGUCAUUGUGAUGAUGGGUUUGAAGGAGAUAUCGGCGAUAGCUGUGGAUUGGAUCACACAAAAUAUAUAUUUCACGGAUACCGGUUACAAUCGUAUCGGAGUUUGCAAAGACGAUGGCACAUAUUGCACCAUAUUAAUCAAUGAUACUGAUAAACCUACAGGACUUGCUUUAUUACCAACUCAUGGGAAAAUGUAUUGGUGUGAUUGGAGUUCUAAUCCACAUAUAGCAGUUGCGGGAAUGGACGGCAAAAACAUCCGUAUAUUCGUCUCUACAAACUUAAAAGCGCCACAAAGUCUAACUAUUGACUAUCCGACUAAUCGAUUAUAUUGGGCGGAUAUCAAGUUAAAGAAAAUCGAAACAAUACGCUUAGACGGAACCGAUCGAAGAGUUGUACUACACGAUAUAAUAGAAGACCCAUUCUCAUUGGCGGUCUUUGAAAAUAAAUUGUACUGGAGCGACUGGGAAUCCAAAUCAGUAGAGUCCUGUAAUAAAUUUACUGGAAAGGAUUGGAAUAUCUUACAUCUUGGUCAACAUUCACAUUUCAGUGUGCACAUCGAUCACUCAGCAAUAAAGCCCAAAGUUGAUAAUCCAUGUCAUUUUAAUCCGUGUUCUGAAUUGUGCAUGCUAAAUCAAGAGAACGGAUACACAUGCGCUUGUACUUUGGAUAAAAAAUUAAAUGCCGAUAAUCAUACUUGUCAAGAGGUGACGAAGAAUUUGCUGAUUCUUCAUGAUACGAUAUUUACAAACUAUUAUCAUGGAAUGUUGGGAAAACUGAAAACAAGAAUAGCCUCGAAAGUAUUACUUCCUCAGGAUAUAGUAUCUGAUCCGACCUCUGGCCAAGUAAUAUGCUAUAUAAUGACGGAACGAUUUGAGAAAGCCAUCGUACUCUUCGAUCCAGUCAGCGAUACUUUUAAAAACACCAUAUUGCACAAUGUUUCUUAUUUUAGCAUGGCAUUUGAUCAUGUUGGUAAUAAUUUGUAUAUGACAAAUAAACCAAGCAGCUCUAUCAAUGUAUACAACGUAAAAACCCUGGCAAUGACGGUUUUUUAUUUUAAGGAAUAUGUUCCUUAUUAUAUUACAUUAGUACCUGAAGAAAGCAAGAUGUACGUAGCGUUUAAAAACCUACUUUCUUCUAAUCACACAUUUGAGAGAUUUUGUAUAUAUGAGAUGGAAAUGAACGGACUUGGUGAAAAAAAACUACUCAGAGAUAAUUUGCAUGGCCCAGUAAUAUCAAUGUACUACGAUAGAGACAGUAAAACGCUCUUCGUGAGUGAUCAAAUGUCUGGUAAUAUCUUGUCGCUGAAUAUCUUGUCGGCCGAAGACGCACGUUUAUUUCGUACUGGAUUACAACAGCCUAUAAGUCUUACUGUCGCUGACGACAAUAUUUUUUGGAUUGAAUAUGAAAAAUACUUAGAUUAUUCAACAUUAUACUCGACAGAUUUUAAAAACUCUUCUAAUCUGAAUCAUAAAGAUGUUAUAUUGCAUAUAUCCAAUGAAUUAGUAGAUUUCCCAACAAUUUUUCCGCGUGUAAUAACUUUGCGAAAAGAUGCUAAACAGGAUCACGAUUGUCAAAAAAAUAAUGGAAAUUGCUCACACGUGUGUCUGCUUUCCUCUAUUACUUCAUUUGUUUGUGCUUGUCCUCCUGGAAUGGCGUUAUCAAGUAACAAUCGAACAUGCAUUGUGCAUGGAUGCCCUAAGAAUGAAUUUAAAUGCGGCGAGCACAACAUCUGCAUACAAAAGGAGAAUGUGUACGUUUGCCCGAAUGGUGAAGACGAGACGAUAGGCUGUCAUAAAAAAAAGAAAUGCAAGAAAGAUGAAUUUACAUGUACAAAUGGCGAAUGCGUCAGUAUAAAAAGUCAUUGUAAUUGGCAUUACGAUUGCACCGAUCAGUCGGACGAAGAGAAUUGCAUAAAACCGAAAUGCACAAAUGAUGAAUUUCAAUGUCGCAACGGGGUAACUCCUUGUAUAUCGAAGUCAUUACUAUGCGACGGCGAUUUUGAUUGUGAGGACGGAUCGGAUGAAAGACCUGAGGCAUGUAAAUCAAACGCAUCAUGUUUGAAUGAUAAAUUCCAAUGCAACGAUGGUAAUUGCAUAUCUCUUUCGCUGAAGUGUAAUGGCAUCGACGAUUGCCUCGAUGGCAGUGACGAAAGGCAUUGCUUAGCGAAAUCAGUUUAUUUGACUAAUUGCACUGCGGAUAAAUAUCGGUGUCUCGACACUUAUUUGUGUCUUCCUAAAAAAGUAAAAUGCGAUGGCAAAAGUGAUUGUCCUAAAAACGAUGAUGAGCACAAUUGCGUGUUUUGCUUUGACAAUGAAUUUACUUGCGACAAUGCGGAGUGCAUUCCGGAGAAUUGGGUAUGCGAUCAGUCUGACGAUUGCGGUGAUAAUUCAGAUGAAAAAAAUUGCGACGGUAGUAAAAAGACCAUCAUGGAAUCUACCAAAUGUGAUGAAUUCAAAUGUUCUAUCGGCACUUGCUUGCCGUACAGCAAAGUAUGCGAUGGGAAUCGAGAUUGCCCAGAUGGUAGCGACGAAAAUGGGAAAUGUCAGAUCGCAUGUAUGGUGAACAAUUUUUGUAAAGGCCUAUGUUACAAGACACCAAAAGGAGAUGUUUGCGGCUGCCCAUAUGGAUAUCGUUUAGCUGCUGAUGCGACUUCUUGCGAGGACAUAAACGAAUGCGAAAACGAUGUUUGCUCGCAAUUUUGUCGGAAUACAGUAGGUUCUUUCGAGUGUUCUUGUCAAGAGGGAUAUUACCUUAGAAACAAAGUUUCUUGCAAAGCUAUUGGGCCGGCAAUGGAAUUUAUCACCGUAACUGAUAAUGAUAUUAGGAAGAUCUCAUCUAAUUUACACUCAAUUGAUAAGAUCUAUUCAUUAUCGGGAUUGAGUAUAAACGGACUCGACGUGAACGCUGUUCACGACUCUAUUUACUGGAGUAACGGUGAAUUCGGUACUAUUAAAAAACUCAAUAUUAAAACAAAGAAAGUAACCACAAUUAUGAUUGUCGAGCAUCCACAGUCACUUGCGGUCGAUUGGAUUACUGAUAACGUUUACGUCAAUGAUAAUGGCUAUUUGAAUACGAUUAAGGUAUGCAAUUUGGAGAAAGAAAAAUGUGCGACGCUGAUCGAGAUAGAAGAAAAGGCAAAAGUAGUGUCUAUUGUUGUUGACUCAAUUAAUAGAUGGCUAUUCUGGACUCAAAUAACGUGGCAAAUGGACGUGCCAUUUAGCAAAAUAUGUCGAACGGACAUGAUGGGUGCCGACAUGAAAAUUAUUGGUUCCGAUGUAAGCUUUGUGAGCGGAAUAGCAAUUGAUCAUAUAAAAUCUAAAUUAUACUGGUCAGACAGUUUCAGUAAAACUAUUGAAUCAUCCAAUUUUGAUGGAAGCCAACGUAGUAUGUUUUUAAGAACAAAUAUGUAUUAUCCGUUUGGUAUCAGUAUUUAUGAACAAUCACUUUAUUGGUUGAUGGAUACAAGCGGUCAACUGCAAAGUUGUAAACUGUAUGGUAAAAAAUCAUGCGAAACAAUAAAUAUAGGCAAAAACAAUGUUCAUAAACAGUUUGCCAUUCUUCAUAUUUCCAGACAACCUGUUGAUAAAAAUCCUUGCGAUGAAAAGUAUUGCGACUAUAUGUGCGUUUUGAAGAAGGACAAUGCAACGUGUAUUUGUUUAGAUGGCAAAUCGAUAGAAUCCAAUAAUAUUUGCACAAAUAUGAAUAAUGGGCGGACAUCAUUUAAAAAUUUAACAAGAAAUGCACGAUACACAAGUGGUCUUUAUAGCCUAAUAAUAAUUGUAUUACUAAUUAUUGUUCUGUCAUUAUGUAUUUAUUACUACUAUCAGAAAAACAGAUUAAAAUCAAAAUCGAUGAACAAUCUUAGUUGCAGCAGCAUUCACUUCCAUAAUCCGUCAUACGAUCGAAGCAACGAGGUUGAGGUAACACUCAACUCAAUAGUUGCAGGCUUAUCUCCUGGACAGCAUGAAUACGUUAAUCCUAUCGAUAAUAAAUUUCUAAAUUUAAAGAUUAACAAUCCAUGUCUUUCCAACCCGUGUUCCAAAUUGCGCAUGCUAAAUCAGGAGAACGGAUACACAUGCGCUUGUACUUUGGAUAAGGAAUUAAACCGACAAUCACAUCUAUCAAGAGGUGACAAAGAAGCAGCAUUUGUUGAUUUCUGA